CGGCCGUCGAUGGUAGGGUGGAAACCUCUCCUCCGACAGGGCGAUGCACGCACAGUUUUAGAGAACGUUCAGAACCACCUCCACCUUUCUAUGCGUCCCUCCAAGUUCCCUCCAGGUCCCUCCAGCUCUCUGAUCCUCGAGGUUGAAGCCAAGAACCCCGCGAAACCGGCUCCAUAGUGCCGCGGUACCCGCUAAUCAAAUCGCACAUUCCGAGAUCUCGCGGCAGUGUAGAUUUUUCGGUCGAUCAGGCCUAACUCAAAGACGAUCGUUAACAUUCGCGAAGAAAUUCACUACCACUGGUUGUCGUUUAGUUUUCAAUCGCACGCGCAGAUGUGGAUGAGAUUUGUAAAGCAUCGGUGAUCGCUCAUCGAAUCGGUCGACGAUCAAUCAUAGUGGACACAGUGAGGAAAGAAAAGACGAAAGCGACGAAUUAAAUGCAGGACGUUGCCAAAACAUCGACGUGGAAGGUUGCACGGUAUCGUAAGCCGCGUUCUUCAUUUACCUCCGAAAGUGAACCGAUCGGUGCACCUUUUACGGUCAGUGUCUCCGCAGGAGAUCAUAAAAGGACAACGGAGAGAUUAAUUCGAGCAGGACGGGCCCAUCGACGUGGAAGAUCGGUGGCCGAACGGAAUUCGCAGGAUUCCCAAGAAAAGUCGUACGAAACUCGGAGACCCGGGAAAGAAAGUCAUUGGCAGUGGACAGAGCGGGGGAUAAUCAUCGUUGGGUGAAUGGAGCGGACGUUUGCGGACCGAUGACGAACUCGAGACGAGUUUGGUGCAGCCGAUACCGGGGAAAAAACAAAAACAGAGCGUGGCAGGACGAAAAUCGCGAUUCAACGGCCGUGGAAUUCGCCGUUUCUUACCGGUCGCCGCGGCGCGACUCGUAUUCGGCUUGGAAUCGCCGCACGAAAAGAAGACCCGCGACGAGCAGCGCCGGCCGAAUCGUCCCAAAGUAUCGCUGCUACGUGAUUCAUUGGGUUUUUCUCUCUAUUGGCAUUCGGCAUUUACAUCGGUCCCGGCCACGAUUUCCAUCGACACGCGUGUAAAAACCUCACGACCGCCCGCCGCUGAUCAAAGACGAACAGCCGAGAUAGACGCGCGCGCGCCGCGUCCAACAGAUUAGAGGAUAGAACUACUAACAAAGCCUUUCCUAUCGAUGAUCUUCUUCGUCCUAUCUUCCUACCGGUCGUCGUUGUUGUAAUCUUCUUCGUCCAUCGUCAUUGUCGUCGUCGUCGUCGUCGUCGUCGUCGUCAUCGUCGUUGUCGUCAUCGCCGUCAAGCUUUCGCCAACCGGUACGGAAGGAAAGGACAAGGAGACUCGUUCAUUUCGAUUGCACCUUGCCGAAACUCGUAUUAGGACUGGAACGCGAGGAAUAAGAAAGGCCUCCAUCGCCUUUACAGGUGGAGUCGUAUUAUCGUUUUACUGGUUGAACGUUCGAUGUAUUCGAUGAAACAUAUCGAUCACGAAGAAACGUAGAAUCGAAGCGUAUAAGAGACGUAUUUAAAAGAAAUCGGGAAAACCUUGGGGUUUUCUGGUCCAAAUUAUUCGGCAUACCGUUUAUCGCUUGCAUAUCGAUGUUUUGGCGCUACACGUCUCGUGUCAAUUAUAAUGCAAUCGCGGAAGUUUUUCGAUGCACUUUGUAACAUAACCGACUAUGAAAUUAUCGAGCGUGAUUCAUGAAAGGCCUAUUGGAUAGAGAAUCACGGAGCAGUCAGAGAUAAUCGCGAUGUCACUGGCGGAGAGCGACGAGCUGCUGAUAUCGUUUUAAAAGAAAAUCUAUAACGCGAAAAAAAAAACGAGACAAGAAUUAGUCUAAUCGCGGACGCGAUUUUACAAAGAAAAAGUGUCACGAUCGGAGUAGCAUAGCCAAGGUUAUGGUCGAGAUAAACCGAGACCAGUGAACAGCCUGAUAAGACGUGGACCGUCGCUCUGGGUUUCAGAUUGCGAGAGGGACGCAACGAGUACGCGGCUGGUUUCAAGUCCGCUCGGACCUCGUCUCGAGGUGCUCCCUCUUCCCGUCCUUUCGAUUCUCCAUUUCGAUCUCGAUUCACGCGAUCCAACCGAACCGCAGGGAAGCGCAAAAAUUCUGUCGGAGAAUUUCAGUGAUGCCGAUCAUUCGCCGCGGUGUCGUGCUUCGCCACUUUGAAGUGACAGUUUUCCACGAAACGAUUUAACUAUCGCGUCUCGACAACGACCGCAGUUCCAUCACUCUGGUAUCGUCGUUUCUUUUAAUCAUCCAGUGUCGACAAGUCAAUUCCAAUAAUAUAAUCAUCUGCUCGUCGCUACGAAGAGUAUUGGAAACGUAAUAAUCGUUACAUUCGCGUAUCUUCGCAAAAGGAUAACGCUAUUGUUAAACAAAUACAAACGCUAUUCUAGCUGGCGUUCAUUGAUCAUCGAGAACGCAGCGCAAAUACGCGAGACACGCGCGUACCUCGUGACUAUCCCGUUUUAUUAAUGACAAAUCAAGGUUUUUCUUGCCGCGAGAAGCGCGAUCGAAGCUAUUUACAAACAAACCGUUGCGCAUCAGCCUCCUGGUAACUGCGCUCGUAAACAUCUACCAACGGUUGGCGCUCCGAUGAUCUACGAAACCGCGUAGACGUUGCUUAUGCACGUGAUACGCGAUAGUUGAGUGGACGAGCGAAGCUCGAGCGUUCUCCCCUAAACAGGCAAAGUCAUCGGAAGGUGACAGAAAUAAAGAGCCUCUCGACGAUCGAUCGCCAUCGGCGUCCGCUCCGCGACAACGCCAACGAGAUUACAACGGAACUUUGGACGAUCGAACGAUCAAACGAUAAAAACAUUGAAAACCGAUCGUUCGCUUGGAACGGUUAUUAAAACCGAUCAGUCGGCUUCUCGAGUAAUAUCCGGAAGCGACGAACGGCUUCGACGAGCGACGAAAGUGAGUGUUGAUUUCGCGCGAACCAUCGAUCCACGCGCAACGCCGCCAGUGUCUUCGAUCCAGUGCAACUGUCUGUAGGUCCAGUGAACGGACGAUCGCCAUAUAGAAUUUCGUCUCGUGUAACAGUUUGAUUAGUGCAAACGUUAAUCUGGAGGACUCGAUCUUCGAGAUAAAGACUCUCGUGAUAGUGAAUCUCGCGAAUGAAAACAGUCUACGAACUCGUACGAUAUACGACGAAAAAAUUUCAUGACGAAAUUACCGCGCCCUUCUGAAAACUCCGUCACCGUGUGAUCCGAGCUCGCGUAAUCGAAUCGUCGAUCUUCCCGAAGAAACCACGGUACUCGUAAAGAAUCGCAAGUAACGCUUUUAACGAAGCAGUUUCGCGUCCAACGAAAUCGAACGAUCGCUCUACGACGAUAACGCGACGGUGUUAUACAUAGAAAUCUGGUGUCGAUCGAUGCCGAAGGGAAAAGAUUUAGCACGAAGUUGAGCCGAUUUCUUUAGAACGUAGAACAUCCGGCGUCGAUCAGUGUUCCCGUGACAGCCACUUCCUGGUUUAUACUGGAGCUGUACUUGCCGUACGCACCACUGCCGGGGGGUGGCGGAAUCCUCCCGGCGGUGAGCAGCGGACCUGGUUCUGGAGGGUGUCGUCCGGUAUUGUUGGGUGGCGUCGAUCUGUCCAUGUCGGCGGCGGGCCGACGCUACCAAGUAGCGGUCCGCCGCCGCACAAUCCGCUCCAUCAUACACCCGGGGGAUUGGCGUUGCCGCCGUUGGGCUCGGCGCCGGUGAUGAUGCCGCGGCCACCGACGACCACCAUGCCGUCCUUGGGCCCCUCGUUACCACCCUCGCACCAGGACGCUGCCGAUUUGGCCGAGGCUGCGCCCAACCAGGACGUCCUGUUGGCUCUCCUCGCCAGGAACAAGAACUUGGAAGAACGGAAGAUCAAAACACCAAGCUGUUUUCCGAUCAAGGAAGAACCUUCGAUACCAAAAUGCGGAGGCUGUCAGGAAGCGAUUUUGGACAAAUACGUUCUGAGAGUUCUGGAAAGGUGUUGGCAUGCAAGGUGCCUCACGUGCCGGGAUUGUGGUGCAAGAUUGACUGAUAAAUGUUUCGCAAGAAACGGCCAUGUCUUUUGCAAGGACGACUUCUUCAAGUAUGGCAGGCGUUUUGGGACGAAAUGCGCGGGCUGCGGCCAAGGAUUGGCACCGUCGCAAGUCGUGCGUAGGGCGCAAGAAUUGAUCUACCAUCUAACUUGUUUCUCGUGCGCCCUUUGCUCUCGACAGUUGGACACUGGGGACGAGUUCUACCUCAUGGAAGAUAGAAAGCUCGUUUGUAAACCUGACUACGAGCAGGCGAAGGCAAAAGAAUUGGCAGACGGAGGAAGUAUAGACGGUGACCAACCAAACAAAAGGCCAAGGACCACGAUCACAGCGAAACAGUUGGAAACUUUAAAAUUAGCGUACAAUACCAGUCCUAAGCCAGCGAGACACGUGCGAGAGCAACUUUCUCAGGAUACAGGACUCGACAUGCGCGUGGUUCAAGUUUGGUUCCAAAACAGGAGAGCAAAAGAGAAGAGACUGAAGAAAGACGCGGGUAGAACAAGAUGGUCUCAGUAUUUUCGAAGUAUGAAAGGAACGGGUGCAGGUGGACAUUCACCUAGGCAUGAUAAGCUUCUUGAUAAGGACGAGCUUAAAGUCGACUUAGACGCCACCUUUGGUCACCAUGAUUUGAGUAACGAUAGUUACGGAACAGUGGUGAACAUGGGAUUAGAUGGUGAAGGCGCGAGUCCAGGUGGGGGUGGAAAUGGGGCAGGCGGGGGCCCUCCACGUAGUUAUUUGGGUGCAACAACUCCCCCUUAUCUCUCAACGUCCAGAUCACCGUCCUUACCACCUCAAUUUCCAUAUCCACCGGAUGCUGGCCUCUCCGUCUACACUACCCUUGGAGGCACAGGUGGCAUGGUACCAGGACCGGCAUCGGAUUUGAGCAACGAAUCGAGCGGAGGUGGUGGUGGCGGCGGAGGCGGCGGUGGAGGUGGUUACCCGGACUUUCCACCCUCGCCCGAUUCAUGGCUCGGCGAACCACCACCUCCACACGCUCACCACCAUUCCCACUACGCCACAUAACCCGGCAAACUGACGCGUUGCCAAGCACCGUUCGGAAGAACGGAUCGGCGCAAGGCGUUUACCUGACGAUCUUUAUCCAUAAGGCAAGACUCAAUUAAAAGACUAAGCCUUCGAUCGAAUCAUCAACCUGUCCACUUUCGUCGAUCGUCGACGAUCUUACGUUCGCGAGUCUCGAUCUCGAGAGGAUCUCGGUGUUCUCGGUGUAUCACCAAGAGAUCCACCUAAUAAGAGCGGAACUCGAUCAGGAUAUGCGUGACGAUCGAGCACCGUCUCGAGCCACAGGAGUCAUUCCACACCGUACACUUCACCGUCCCGGCGGGGUUCCCAUCAUCGGAAUGAUGCCAUAUGUCGCUGUCGUAUAAAGUUACAUUUAGAGCGCGUAUACGAUACGCAUUCGAUAGGUACGAUUAAUCUAAAUAUAUUUAUGUACAAGUUCCUCGUUUCCCGGUACUAUGGAGUUUAAUCGUCGAAUAAAGAAAUACUAGAGGGUAGUUUAGACGUGUCGCGAGACCGGUUGUUCACAACGAAUCGAUAUCGUUCGAAAGGACGAUACUUCGUAACGAACUUUUUUUUCCAACGUACAUGUAUGUUGGUAUUCAACGAAAUCGUCAAGAUAUUUGCAAGAAUGGGUAUUCGUACGCGUAAAGAGCUGGCAUUCGUUCUAGCGAAUACAUACGCAUUCCCGUAGAACGAAUUGCGUUUCGUAGAGAUCGUACUUGACGAAAGAUAUCGUUUCGUUCGUGAACAUCGCGGGACACGUUUCUAUGGUAUACCGCGCUUACGUGACGCUAGAAGUUUCAAGUGUCGUUUAUUGUACAUAGUUCAGAUUAGAUUUUAUUGUACUACGGUAAGGGAAGGAGGAAAAAUGGGAGGUAGAGCGAAAGCAGGAAAGACGGGAAGGAUAGGCGUACAGCGAUCUCUAAGGAAGCGACGCCGUCCGCAAAUGAAAUUCGAAAUAAAAGUUAACCCUGAAGCACUAAUGAAUUUUUUCCAUCGACGCUCGAUAGAUCGAUUUUCUCAUAAAUGCGAGAUAAUUACACACGAGACUGGUUCAUUAUUUUUCGUUAGCGAAGCUGUGACAUAGCACGGAAUCGUGAAUGUUCGAUCGAGGAAGCGUAGAUUGUAAAAUCAGUUUCGAUUGGUCAAACGAUUUACACUUUUUUCAUAAUGAAUAUAUAUCGAAUGUCGCGCUCUUCUAAUGUAAAGUACAUGCAUAAAAUGUAGGUACGUACGAAUUUAGUGCUACAGAGUUGGCCAGCUUCGCGACCAAUCAGAAUCGUUCUACUUACCGCGAACCGUUCAGUCCACUUUAAGAAACGGACGAGCGAAGACGUGGUGGAAAUAUUGUCCACGUUAGAUCGAACGUCGUCGCGUGAUUUCCGAACGCCUUAUUCAAAUUGAUUCGAGAAGUGUGAUUUUCGAGCGAACGACAGCCAGGUGUGGAUUAUUAAUUGUGUUGUAAUUUAUUGCAAAAAGGUUUACUUGCGACUGGUGAAUCGUGGAGAACUAUGAUAAGUCGAGAGAGGCUUGCCCUUAUGGAUACAACGAUCGAUGUAUCCAUAAACAAAACCAAUCGUGUAGUCUACAUCGUGAAGCAUAACGAAGAUGUUUCUUAGCGUGACAACGCAACGAAUAUCAACAUCCAUGAUUGUCGCUCGAAAGUAAGUCCCUUUUUCGCGACUUAUUAGACGAUCGCCAUUCGAUUCCACCAACGUAAACGAAAUCGACAAACAAACACGACGCCAUUUGAUCGAAUACCGAAUCAAAGUUUACUUUGCAUGUUUGUUUAUCGUUGGUGAAACCGAGCGUCAGUAGAUUACACCUUUGACGUGCUCUGCGUCACUUUUUAUCGAUUUACAGCAUCGGAAAGGCACUGUCGCGAGAUAUUUCGAUCAAUCGAUUCCAUUUGAACGAACGUUCGUUUACGCGGUUAACGCUUCACAGAUCAAGCUGUAAAUUUACUUAAAAAUUUUGUGGAUAUGGAAAAUAAAUUACAUUAAUACCUUUUUUAAAUAUUAGACUAAAGCGUACAAAUGCACAAUUUACCAGGUUCUGUCUGUAAAGCGGUAACAAUGUUAAAUAAUCAAAGUCGUAACGAUGUCAAUUGUACUCUUGUCUCAACGCAUAUAUGUAUAUGCGCGAUUAUGUAUAAAUUGUAUACAUAUGUAUGUACACGCGAGAUACAUAUUCGUGACAGCAUGCCUAGAUUUAUAUAUAGAUGAUCGAUAAUCAAAAGCAACGGAUUCAAUUGAUCGACGUAAGUCUCCGAUUGAUGGCUAACUUCAUUCGUAUAUGUAGUAAUAUGAGGCAUAUAUAUAUAUAUAUAUAUAUAUACACACACACCAUAUUAAUUACGUAACAAACGUAAAAUUUUUUAUGUAUAUUUGUUCAAGAUUUACGACGACAUGAUUUGUAAAUUUAUUUUUCAAAUAUUCCUAUAUGCCUCGUAUUAUUCGAGCGAUAUAGUACUUGAAACAUAGCGCACAUCGUCCGAGAAGGAGCGAUAAAAAAAAAAUAUAUCAUUGUAGAAUUGUAUAUACGUCGCCCCGAUUAUUUUACCCGCGAAAAUUCGAUGAACUGAAAUUGAAAGGAGAGCUGAAACAGAAAUACGAUAUAUUUCGUCGGGUAAAAGAACUGAAUGUUGUACAGUUAUGAAAAUCGAACACACACACUCCUCACCGGGUUUCAUAAAGAUGAAUAAAAAAGAUUCGCAUGACUAGCGCAAUUCAUAACUUCAUCGACACGAGUUACUACGGAUCUUUAUAUUAUUAUCUAGUCAUCGAGUGAUAAUAAAAAUUCUAUCGUAAUCUA